GGCGGCGGCGGCAUGGCGGAGAGCGAGGCCGAGACCCCCAGCACCCCGGGCGAGUUCGAGAGCAAGUACUUCGAGUUCCACGGCGUGCGGCUGCCGCCCUUCUGCCGCGGGAAGAUGGAGGAGAUCGCCAACUUCCCGGUGCGGCCCAGCGACGUGUGGAUCGUCACCUACCCCAAGUCCGGCACGAGCUUGCUGCAGGAGGUGGUCUACUUGGUGAGCCAGGGGGCCGACCCCGACGAGAUCGGCCUGAUGAACAUCGACGAGCAGCUCCCGGUCUUGGAGUACCCGCAGCCGGGCCUGGACGUCAUCAAGGAGCUGACCUCUCCCCGCCUCAUCAAAAGCCACCUCCCCUACCGCUUCCUGCCCUCCGACCUCCACAACGGCGAUUCCAAGGUCAUAUACAUGGCCCGGAACCCCAAGGACCUGGUGGUGUCCUAUUACCAGUUCCACCGCUCCCUGCGGACCAUGAGCUACCGGGGCACUUUCCAGGAGUUCUGCCGGCGGUUCAUGAACGACAAGCUAGGCUACGGCUCCUGGUUCGAACACGUGCAGGAAUUCUGGGAGCACCGCCUGGACUCGAACGUGCUUUUCCUCAAGUAUGAAGACAUGCACCGGGACCUGGUGACGAUGGUGGAGCAGCUGGCCAGAUUCCUGGGGGUGUCCUGUGACAAGACCCAGCUGGAGUCCCUGAUCGAGCACUGCCACCAGCUGGUGGACCAGUGCUGCAACGCUGAGGCCCUGCCCGUGGGCCGGGGUACGCGCCCCUGCCGCCUCCCUCCGCCUCUGCCCAGGGACCCCGCGCCCCGUUCCCCUCUCUGCAGUGUCCGUUAUCCCCACUCGGUGUUCGCUGCCCUGCAUCUCAUUUCUCCGGAGCCCUCUGCUCUGCAAGGGGCACGAAGGCCAUCUGAAGCCGGUGCCCGUGUGGAGCAGCGGUGUCCCCUCCCCGGGAUUUGCACUGUAACCGUGCAGACAGCGUUUUAGUCCCCAGGAGUGACUGUGGGAUGGUUCAGGCUUUGUGGGCAAGGUGUUUUCAAGCAGGUGCCUUCCCAGAUGGCCCACAGAGCAGAUCCUGGGGAUGGGUUGGACUAUGAAAUUUCGAAGCCCCAGGUGUGCAGAUGGACUCCUCACUCUUCAGCUGGCUGUGGGAGACUUACAGGAGGUGGGGGGAGGGUUCCCACCUGAGGAAGUGCCGUUCUCCUUUCUUCCCCUGAAGGGAGCUGGCGGCACAGGUGAGCAAGGGCCCCGCCUGAGGGAAGGCGAGUGCCUGAGCAAAGUGCAGGCUUCUCCCGGGGUUGGCCAGGCGGGCUCCGCAGAGGGAGGAAGUACGCUCCAGGGAGCGAGAGAGGUUCCUGGGGCCUGCAGCAGUUUGCGAUGGAGAAGAUGCUCCAGGCAGGAAUUCUCUCCAGAUCCACCUGGGUUGCUCUCUCUGUCCUCAAAGGCUCAUGGUAUCUGAAGCUGCUUGCUUGUGGGGAGCUCAGGCGUUCAAAGCCCCUGACCCCCAGGGUGGUGGCCGUGGCCAUAUAAGCCACCCUCUUGUAAGUAUGCACUGCCUGUGACAGUUGGCACUGUAGACCUGAAUUUGGAGCUUCCUCGGGUGAUGAGAAUGUCCGAGGGGAGGCCCAGAGAUGCUGCUGGAUCCUGCAGCACCUCUCAGAUGCAGGAGAGGUGCCUGGUGGGGAGAGGGGUGCUGGCUGCGUGCUGGGAGAGCCUUAGGUCAGGCCUCUGAGCUUCUGCAGCCUUUGUUCUUCCUCUAAGAAGGGCUGGUCACGGCUGCUGCUGGCCAGCAGGGCUGGAGGUCAAGUGGAAGGAAGGUCCCUUCCCGAGAGGGCCGAGCAGUCAGCUCCUCCAGGAAGACAGCAACUGAACCCAGAAUACCUCGUGAUUUAUUUCCUGGCUGCGUCUUCACAGUAUUUGUUAUUUAAAAUUUAUUUGCUCCUUUUCAGUUUUGUUUUCGCUGUCUUUUGUUAUCCUUGGAUGUGACCUUCUCCAGAAUACCCCUUUUGUUCCUUUGUGUGGUGAAGAAGCGUCGAGAACGUCUCGUGUGCCUGUGUGCUCCUUCUGACGUGUUUGCUUUAUCAUUGUUUACGUUGGUUUUGCUUCAUUUCAGUUUUGAUUUUGUUUUCUUUUAGCACAUUGCCUCUUUGCUCAGAAGACCUUCUUGCGUGAGUGAGCACGCAGGGGCUCGAGUAGCCAGCUGCACUGCUUAAAUUUGAUUCAUAUCCCAGCAUAAAUUGCACUGUCUUGAUUCCAAAUCCUAAACCAGGUGGGUGACACCUUUGAUGAGCUCUCAGCUGCCUCAGCUGAGAAAAAUAAUCAUGAAAAAAUAUAUUUAUAGUGUGCUUGGUCUAGAAGCUUCUAAUUUUGUCCCUUAGGUAUCAUUAGAGGGUAGCAAGAGCAAUUUUCCUUGUUUUUUCCCUCUCCAACACUGACAUAGAGUUUUUCAUUACCAAAGAGGAAAUCCUUGUGCUGGAUAUGUGAGCUCAGCAUUUUCAGGGUUGCAAUUUUAAACCUGAGGUCCUGCCAGGACAAGGACGACUGUUAAUAAUGGAGCUGUGAAGGAUAUUUGCUGGAGAUGGUCAGAGCUCUGGUCUCAGAUACGCUGAUGGUGAAAAGAAUUCUAAACGAGUAUUUCAGUCCCCCAGGUAGUUACUUAAAAGCAUAGGCAGCUCUCUGGGUGAUGUGUUCACGGCUCCCCGGGUGGGAGAGCAGAGUCCCCACUCCUGGCAUCUUCAUGGUCACCAUUCGUAUUUGACCAGACUGGCUGAAGAUUUUGUAGUUAACAAGAAAAGUAGGUUCAGGGCUUUUGGGGUCAUUUUGAGCUCUCUCUCCUUUUUGCCUAAGCCUUCAUAAAUUAACUGGUGGACCCGUGCCUGCACAUCAGUCUGCAGGCUCAGUGCUCCUUGACACCUGCCAGGAAAAGGUCUCGUCUUUUGGCCGAGCCUCGCUGCGCUGUGGCUGUGACAGAGCAGCUGGGGCCGCCGUGACUUACACCGGUGUGGAGUCGGGGGGUUCUCGAUGCGGCCUGCAGUGGCCAUCUGUUCUUGAAAGCUCCUUUACCCUGCGGCUGUUUCGUUCCCUUUAAAUUUCUCCCCGAUGUUGCACGGGCGGGCUUCUCAAAAUCUUCCCCCUUGACCCUGUCAGGAGGCUUCCUACUCGCCAUAAAAUGUUCUGCCUUUUUGGCUGAUUUUUUUUCCUUUUCAAAUUCUCCAGAAGCAAAUGCCGCCUUGGUGGCGCUGUUGAGCCGUGAGUGAGCUGUGGUGUGACGGAGGACCCAGAUCCCCACGAUGCCCAGAGCAGUAGAUCCAUUCCCCAGACGCUGUCCGUCCUCCGGACAGGACCCACCCGCUGUGUGCCUAGUGCUGGGGUUCAGCAGUGACGGGGGUGGAGGCCCUCCUCGCGGCCUCAGCUCUGCGCCUUCAGGGUGCUGGGCCCACCGAGCAGGAAAGGAUGUGAGGACAGCCCGACUCAGGGAAGUGGGUUCAGAGCAUCUGUAGUUCCGAUGGCCUGUCCUGCCCCCAUAGGCCAAGUUCAGAGGGGUCCCGGAAUAGAUCUGGAACCUCCCAGAUCCGUUUCCAGGGCUUCCUUUGGUUCGCUAACUGGCCUGACAGCAAGUGAAGUCAGCGUGUUCUGCUCUUGUUUGUGUUUCAGGAAGAGUUGGGCUGUGGAAGGACAUCUUCACCGUCUCCAUGAACGAGAAGUUUGACUUGGUGUAUAAACAGAAGAUGGGGAAGUGCGACCUCA